CACUUAUUACAGAUAUCAAUAGGGGGCGCUCCAAUGCUGUGCAUAAUUUAGCAAUGCAAGCUUGAUUUAAAUCGCUAAGUGGCGCUUUUGUACCACUAAGCAAUCUUAAAAUGGCUGCCGCCGUAGAUUCGGAUGCGGAAAGCGUGGAAAGUUUUUCGGGGUCUGACGACUCCGACAAGGAGUUGAUGGAGGCGUACAAGUCGGGACUCCUGAAACCUGGUCUUAACAUAGAGCUCUCAGGGGAGAGAAAACCCAUCAACGAUGUGGCUGGUCUGAAGCAGAAGCUUGCGGACUUCCGACAGGACCUCGACUGGCUGGAGCGUCUGGACGUCACCACGGAUCCCGCGCCCAUGCCCGGCGCUAUGGUGGAGGUCGCUAACAUCGAGGCUGCCAAGGGCACCACGGCCAGGGACAUGGACGUCCACAACGACUUCCAGAGGGAAAUGACCUUUUACCGCCAGGCGCAGGCCGCAGUUAUCUCUGCCCUCCCCAGACUACAGAAGCUCGGCGUGCCGACCACCAGACCUGAGGACUACUUUGCAGAGAUGGCCAAGUCUGAUGUCCACAUGAAGAAGGUGCGAGAACGUUUACUGAGCAAACAGCAGGGCCUGGAGCGAGCGGAGAAGGUGCGGAAGGUUCGCGAGAUGAGGAAGUACGGGAAACAGGUGCAGCAGGAGGUUCUACUGAAGAGACAGCGGGAGAAGAAGGAACUCAUCAAGUCUGUCAAGGAGUACAGGAAAGGAAAGAUUGACAACUUGGACUUUCUAGAUGACGAGGGACCACCAAGGAAGGGGCAGCCAAUGGGAAAGAAGGGAGGUCCCAACAGAAACUCCUACAAACAGAAGAAGUUUGGAUUCGGUGGGCAGAAGAAGCGGAGUAAGUGGAACACGGGUGAAAGUUCAGCCGACAUGUCUGGCUUCAAGGCAGGAAAGAAAGGCAGGGGACCCCCUGGGAAGAAGGUAAGGAUAGACCUUUCACACUUUCAAAUUUUCUAA